UCAUAUCGAUGUCCACUGCCCGAUAGACGCCGCACACAAACCGAGUUGGGAUUUCGUUGUAAUUGCUGGUCAUUUUUCACGGCUGUGCGACUAAUUAAAUUUAACAAGAGAGCCUUAAUAAAUAAGUGCUAAAGACCAGACGCAGCGCGCAGUAAUUCAAAUCAUCUAGAAGAUCUCGUAAAACAAAAUGUAAAGUCCUGGCGUGGGGUUGAUCAUAACGCAUACAUAUACCCAUGUGUACGUGUGUGUUUCCAUUGUAAUCUAAAGCACGAGUGAAUUUACGUGCGUUAAAUUUAAACGAAAAUUUAAAAAAAUAUUUCGAGAUAUUGCAACAAAGGCAGUAUUAAAUCGAUUUCUGGUGCAUGUGCUUGUGUGCAGAAUGUUUGCAUGUGUUUGUUGCAAAUGUAAGAAGAAGUAGCCACUCACGCGCUACUCUCUUCCUUUCUCUCUCUCUCCGCCCCCUCCCCAUUAGCUCUACAAGCAGCUGAAAGUUGUAGCCGCACUACAUUCAAAAGUUUCCAAAAGUCUGCUUGCUGGCAGUAGUAAGAAAUAAAGACUUAAAAACAAAAACAUCACUUAGUAAUAUCAGUGAUAUUCAGAAAGAACUCCAAACGCUACGUGGCAGAGGCGAAUCACCGGCGCAGCAACACCAGCAGCAGAUAACCAGCCGUCAGUCCAAUUUCUCUACCUUAGAACUCGAGCGCAUUUGCCGCUUGCGGGGCGACCAAAUGCAUAGACAACAUAUGUCGCAUUCACGAGCAGUCCAAGAUCAAGAGUUGCGACCCCGACCGUUUGUUGCAUAUUACAUACGCUCAUAGAGGGCGGCCACUCACCUAGAGCAGCCAGAGUCCUUGCACUUGGGCAGGGAUCCAGGGAGCAACAAAGUGCUUAGAAAGAAGAAGCAGCAGCACAGGAUUAUACGCUCCGCCGAGGACAGAGCAACAAAAAAGAUGAUGAAACGCACUCGCGUAGACGAGGUGCAAUUUGGCACACGACCCGUUCCUCAGACCUCCGGAGGUGUGGGCGUUGGUGUCGUCGGCGUAACUGGAGGUGGGCCAACAUCCGGCGGCGGUGGCACUGCUACUGUGGGCGUCAAUACGACGGGCGUUACCAUUGGUACCGUCGUGCCCAGUGCUCAUAACGCCACCAUCAGCGGGAUCGGUUCCAUUCACCAUCGCAUCCUUACUCCACAGCAUGGAGGAGCACAAACCAUUGCCUAUUUGCCGUCCACCACGCCGACGGCUACGAAUUUGAAGACCACAACCUCGAUUGUGGAUAGCACUACCGCUGGAGGACCAGUAGGAGCAGGAGCACAGGUGGCCGUAGGAGUUGGCUCUGCAGCCGGCGGAGGAGGCGUGGUGGUCUCCACAGGGAGCACGGGAACGCAAACAUUACAGUAUACAACAUCUUAUAGUGUGGCUUCGAUACAGGCUGGUGGAACUCUGAAAGCCAACACAGCGGAUGGCGCGAACACGGUACAGAUUCAUGUCACAGGAGGAGGAGCUGCAAACAAUCCUGCCAGUGCACAGACUGUUUCCAGCAGCUCACAAACGGGCACAAUCCGUCAGCGUACAAUCAGCGGCACCCAGACAGUGGCCACUGCAGUGGGUAAUCUAGCCACGAUUUCCCAGCAACAACCGGUUCAACAAUCACCUUUGGGCAAGGCCCAAACGCCUCCAUCGUCCGUGGUUGCCAACAGUAUCCCAGUGGGUGGAACCACCCCACCACAAGGACAGUCGGGAAAUGCCACGCCACGCUUAAAAGUGGAGGAUGCGUUGAGCUACCUGGACCAAGUAAAGUACCAGUAUGCAGACCAGCCGCAAAUCUACAACAACUUCCUCGACAUAAUGAAGGAAUUCAAGUCGCACUGCAUCGACACACCCGGAGUGAUUGAGCGAGUCUCCACACUCUUCAAGGGGCACACAGAGCUGAUAUACGGCUUCAACAUGUUCUUACCGCCGGGUUACAAGAUCGAAAUUCAUUCGGAUGCUCUUGGCUGUUCGGUGCCGGUGGUUUCGAUGCCCUCACCACCGGGAGCGCCAACGAGCACAGGAACGGUGCAUAUGCUCACCGGAAAUAGUUCGAUGUCCGGUGCCGGACAUAUCGCCAUCAAGACGACCAAUGCUGCGACUUUAACACCGGCAGCAGGGGCUGGAGCAGCGGCCGCAGCAGCAGCUGUGGCUCAGAUUCAAUCCGCUGGAGCUGUAAAUCUAAUGACCCACGGCGGAGCCUCGCUUACCCAGACCACUAUUCAUGCAUUGCAACAGGCGACGCCUCCUCAAUCACAAUCUCCAGGCGGAGGUCAUGUCCACGUGAGUGUAACAAACUCUACGGCAGCAAACGCCGUAGUGCCCGGACAGCCAGGCAUCUCCGUAUCGGCGCACAAUGUACCGCAGAACUACUCGAGAGAUCGAGAAAGGGCCACCAUAACACCUACUGGGCAAGUGGCUGGAGCAGCGGCAAACGUGAAUGCGUCUGCUAGUAUAGUUGUCGGUGGACCUCCAACGCCCAAUUCUCUAAGUGAGCUUAGCCCUCAUGGAGGAGCAGGAGGUGGGCCAGGUGCGGGAGCGGCGCAGCACAAUCUGCAUCACAUCCAGCAGGCGCAUCAAUCGAUUUUGCUUGGGGAGACGGGACAGCAGAAUCAGCCGGUGGAGUUCAAUCACGCCAUAACCUAUGUAAAUAAGAUCAAGAAUCGUUUCCAAAACCAGCCGGCCAAGUACAAGAAAUUCCUCGAAAUUCUGCACGAUUAUCAGAGGGAGCAAAAGGUGAUGAAGGAGGGCAGCCUGAACCAGGGUAAAAUGCUCACCGAGCAGGAGGUAUACACGCAGGUGGCUAAGCUUUUUGGCCAGGAUGAGGAUUUGCUUAGAGAGUUUGGCCAGUUUCUUCCUGAUGCCACCAACCACCAGUCCGGGCAGUACAUGUCCAAGUCAGCGUCUGUGCACAAUGACCAUGGCAAGCGUCCCACGGCUACUUUAAGCGGUGGAGCUCACAUAACCAUGUCAUCUGCUUCGCCAGCGCCAAGUGGAUCCCCUCUGCAUUUGGGUGCAACGACUCUUCCGCAGAUCGACAAAAGCGCCCAUGCAGCGGCCAUAGGAAACCUUUCGGCGGUGAACACUAGUGUCAGCAUUAAGACGUACAAUAAUAAUCAGCAACAGCAGAAUCAUGUGAUCGGUUCAGGGCUGAAUGCGACGCGGAACGAUAUUCUCUUUGAGAAGGACUAUCACGCGGGUCUGCAGCAGCAAGCGCAUCAGCGAGGAGCUGGAGUUGGAGGCCAUCAUCAUUUGGCCGGGACUGCAGCGGGCGCCAAUAUCGGACGGCCUGGAGUGGGAGCCAGCGUGAUGGUGUCGUACGAUAAAGAGCAUCGAAAUAAUCAUCAUGUACAAAAGUACGUUGGCCACGCGCCAAACCAGAAUCUAACGCAUGGUCAUAACGCAAAGAAAUCACCAAGUUAUGGCAUUCCUUCGGUGAUUGGUUCCAUGCCGCACAUUUCGGACAAUUCGCUCGACCGCAGUUCACCGGGAAUUAGUUACGCCACGCCACCAUUGCCCUCUGGUCCACAUGGACAGCAUAACUCUGGUUCAGCUACGAGGAGGCCGGGUGAUGACAGUUUAGUCGGACACUAUGCUAGUGGAGCGCCGCCUGCUAAGCGACCGAAGCCUUAUUGUCGUGAUGUCAGCUUUUCCGAAGCAUCGAGCAAGUGCACCAUCUCCGACGCCGCGUUCUUUGACAAGGUGCGAAAGGCGUUGAGAAGUCCAGAGGUCUACGACAACUUCCUGCGAUGCCUGACCCUUUUUAACCAGGAAAUUGUCUCCAAAACGGAACUUCUUGGUCUGGUAUCACCGUUCUUGAUGAAGUUCCCCGACCUGCUGAGAUGGUUCACCGACUUUCUGGGACCGCCCUCUGGUCAACCUGCUGGAGGAUUGAUUGACGGCAUGCCCUUAGCCGCAACGCAACGUCAGGGAGGUGGAAGCAGUAAUAGUUCCCAUGAUCGAGGUACCAGUCACCAGAGUGCCGCCGAGUAUGUCCAGGAUGUGGAUCUGUCUUCUUGCAAGCGGCUGGGUGCAUCCUAUUGUGCUUUGCCGCAGUCCACAGUACCUAAGAAGUGCAGCGGACGGACGGCUCUCUGCCGGGAAGUGCUCAACGACAAAUGGGUAUCGUUCCCGACGUGGGCCAGCGAGGACUCCACUUUUGUUACAUCGCGAAAAACUCAGUUCGAGGAGACAAUUUACAGAACGGAGGACGAGCGAUUCGAGCUGGACCUGGUCAUCGAGGUUAAUAGUGCCACGAUUCGAGUGCUGGAGAACUUACAGAAGAAAAUGUCACGAAUGUCCACCGAGGAAUUGAGCAAAUUCCAUCUGGACGAUCAUCUGGGCGGCACAUCUCAAACGAUACACCAGCGGGCCAUUCAUCGCAUCUACGGCGACAAGUCGGGAGAGAUAAUCACGGGAAUGAAGAAAAAUCCGUUUGUGGCGGUGCCUAUUGUACUGAAGCGACUGAAAGUCAAGGAGGAGGAGUGGCGAGAAGCGCAAAAGACCUUCAAUAAGCAAUGGCGGGAACAGAACGAGAAGUACUACCUCAAGUCUCUCGAUCACCAGGCCAUCAACUUUAAGCCCAACGACAUGAAAGCCCUGCGCUCAAAGAGUCUGUUUAACGAAAUCGAGACGCUGUACGAUGAGCGGCACGACCAAGAGGACGACGCCAUGGAACCGUUUGGGCCGCAUCUGGUGCUGCCGUACAAGGAUAAAACCAUUCUGGACGAUGCCGCCAACCUGCUGAUUCAUCAUGUGAAGCGUCAGACUGGCAUCCAGAAGCAGGAGAAGCAAAAGAUUAAGCAGAUCAUCCGACAAUUUGUGCCUGACCUUUUCUUCGCGCCGCGACAGCCACUAAGCGAUGACGAACGCGAUGACGCCUUUCCAUUUUUGGUAGAUGACAAUACGAAAAUGGACGUGGACUCGCCACUGGGUCGCACGGAGUCUUCGACUCGAAAUGCCAAGAGUACGCCCAGUGAAAGUGCCUCUCCGGCGCGUAGCAAUGCAAGCACUAGCAGCGUAACACCAGCGGGAAUUAAGAAAGAGACUGAUGACUCGAAAGCGACGACAGGAUCUUUUGCACCAGCGUCCUCGGCAACGGCAUCUUCAGCGACGCCUGUGGACGAUGCUACGCCAUCAACAUCCUCAGCAGCGGCGGCAGCAUCAGCGGCAUCGUCAUCAACUGUUUCAGGAACCGAAGGCAAGCCAAAGGAUGACCCCCUAUCGUCGCACAAGGAAGAAGGAGCCGGUAGCACCAGCUCUGGAGUUGCCACGAGUCCCAGGCAAGCCCAAGACACUGCAGGAGCAGGCGUCGAUGUGGAAAUCAAACUGGAACAUCCUGCGGACUUUUCCAAUCCAAAGCUUCUACCGCCGCACGCGCACGGGCAACGCGAAGACGAAUCCUACACGCUGUUCUUCGCUAACAACAAUUGGUAUUUAUUCCUGCGGCUACAUGCGAUUCUCUGCGACCGUCUGCAUGUUAUGUAUGAAAGAGCGCGUUUGCUGGCCAUCGAGGAGGAGCGCUGUAGGGUGAAUCGAAGGGAGAGCACAGCCACGGCGCUGCGGCUAAAGCCCAAACCGGAGAUUCAAGUUGAAGACUACUACCCCACCUUCCUUGAUAUGCUCAAGAACGUCCUAGACGGCAACAUGGACUCGAAUACGUUCGAGGACACGAUGCGUGAAAUGUUUGGCAUUUAUGCCUACAUCUCUUUCACGCUGGAUAAGGUUGUCUCCAAUGCUGUUCGCCAGCUGCAAUAUUGUGUCACAGAACGAGCCGCACUGGAUUGUGUAGAGCUGUUUGCAACGGAGCAAAGGCGUGGCUGCACCGGAGGAUUCUGUCGAGAUGCGCACAAGACAUUUGACAGGGAGAUGUCGUAUCAGCGGAAAGCUGAGAGCAUUCUCAACGAGGAGAAUUGCUUCAAAGUGUACAUUUACAAAAUCGAUUGCCGUGUAACCAUAGAGCUGCUUGAUUCGGAGCCCGAGGAAGUCGAUAAGCCGGCUGCGUUGAAGGCCCAGAAGUUCAGCAAGUAUGUAGAGCGGUUGGCGAAUCCUGCGCUCGGCGGUGGUGGCAAUACUGGCCGCUCCGAUUCGGCGCUCGGCAAUGACAGCGUUGUAGAUGGGUCCGAUAUCAAGACGGAGGCGGACGAAGAUACUGCCGAGGUCAAUACCAAGGCUUGAAAUAACAUAGUUUUGAUAAUUUCAUUGAAUAAGAAGAAGAAAAAGUCAUAUUGCAAAAUGAAAUAGUAAUAAAUGAAUUUGUUUUUUGAUUACCAAAACCGGAAUAAGAGAAAUUGAAACACCAAACCCUUUCACCCACCACCACCACCACCACCACCACUACUACUACUACUACUACUACUACCACGCUCAACACCCACCACCGCCACCCACUCACACACAUUAAAUGUAAUGCAUUAUUUUCUCAGAGACACCAAACAAUAACCUGCAGAACCAACGAAGAAACAGAACCCAAAGUACACACUUUAAUUAAAUGUAGUAUUCCAUCCACGAACAUGAACAUGCAUAAAAACCGACAUUAUGUAAAAUAGUAGAUGAUGAUAACAAUAACGUAGGCACGCGCUUGUUGCAUUCCCUUCUGAUUUCGUUAUGCCUUGAGUUACCCAAGAGUUAUCUAUAGCGAUAUAGACAGUUUCAUAUAUCGGGUGAUCGAAGAUCCGGCACCUAGGAUGUGAUGAUGUGAGGUUGAACAUGAAGAUGAAGAUGAUGCAUACAAAGAUGGUAAUGGUGUUGUGGAUUGGGGUGUGGUGUGUGUGAGUGGUGCUUCUGAUGUUAAUAAGACUAUUGCGUUUAACUAUAGGCCUAAAUUACACCUCACACAAUUGUAUAUAGUAAUUAACGUGUUUUAACUGUACAUAACGUAAUGCUAAUGCUAAUGGUAAUCGGUCAAUGUAUGUAUUAUUAUGUGUAAAACGUGUAGUAGCUAAUUUUGUAAAGGAAGCAGACAAAUGUCUUUUAAAUUCGGUAAACAUUUUUAUAUCUAGGCAUAAGAAAACACACACACACCACUCCACACACUCAAUAAUUGUAAAUUAAAUAGCACACACAAUCACAACAGUGGACAUUACUGGAGAGUGAAAAUGAGAAAUAUAUCUGGAGCAGCCCAUUAAAAAUACAUGUUCAAAGUUAUUGAAACAGUGGGAAUGGGAUGGUCUUGAGGGGGUUUGGGGGUUUUCCUUUUUCCGGGCUAGAGCCACAAUCGAACUCAGUAAUUGCCACACAGACUUAAGUUUAAGCAAGUUGCGCUACAGAGAAGGUGGAAUCGGAGGAGCAGGCAAGGCGCGCUUUUUGGUGCGCAACAAGCGGAGAUCAAAGCUGCUUGAGGAGCAAGUGCGUCAGUUGUUUGAACAUAGGCGGAAUCGGAUUGAGCAGCAUGGUACUGCGGCCUCACUUGAACCCAUCUCCGUUGACAGUGCCAUUUCAAGCAACAGCACCACCGGCGGUGGCGGCAGCGGCACUAAUAACAACAAUAAUAAUAAUAAUAAUAACAACAGCUGGGGCGGCAAACGUCUGGAGAGGCUGGGCGCCCCACAGGUGGGCUUGGCCGAGCAAUACGCCUUUAAUGAUCGCGACGAGAUCAGCACAAAUAUCAGCAACGGGCGAUGUUUUGUGACCAGCAAGAAUCUCAAGCUACUUAAGUACGAUGCAGUGCGUCGUGCCAAGAAGAGUCAUUGCCGCGUAACUCAGGCGAAAUACGCUCACUUCCAAACGUACGUUAACAAGUGGCUUCAGCAACAUGUCAGCGAGCAACAGCAGCAGAACUGCGUCGACUGGCUGCUGGGCAAGACGGCAGACCAAAUCAAUGCCAGCGGCUGGGGAUCCGCCAGCAAAACCAAGACGGUACAGCAGAAGGAUACUUCGAAGACACCGUAUCGCAUCUACAACAGAUACAGAGUGGUGCAGAGUGCAGUAAGCGGCGGUUUGAUGAGUGCCACUGCUCCAACUCCAGAUGGUUCAGUUCCGGCGGUCAAUUCCGCGCCAUCAGGCUCAGUUUCAACGGUGAACAAUGUACAGGGCUCGGCGGCAGUAUCCUCAACUUCCCACUCGAUGUGCAACAGUAGCAUUUUGUCCGCGGACUCCACCACCAAUACCAAUGCGUCAGCACAGCAGCAGCAGCAUUGCAACAGUGCAGCAGCUGCAACAACACCGAAUGCAGAGGCACUGCAACAGGUGCGACCCAUGGAGAGCUAACCGACGGGAAUGGGAGCAACAACGGCAGUGGUCGCUGCAUGGCCAGAUUCUUCAUUCACAUGACGACAAUGAGAAGAUGUGGGAUGAAUUGCCUGCAUUGAAAUAAAUAGUGUUUUAAAUGUGAUACCAGUUCCUCGACGCGGUCAUCGAGAUUGCAGCUAUACCAACGCGCGAUCGACUGUUUAAUGUCCGGCAUGGCAUUGGGCUCUGGAAAUUGAUUGAUGAACGAAGGAAAGCUCUUUUUCAUAUUGUACAAAAAGUCAUUUAAUCUUAGGCGAAAGUGCUCCUAAAUAAGAAUUUUAUAGUCUUACGUUGCAUAAAUUUUAGAAUUAAUUUUACGACGGCAGCGUCCUGUUUUAUUGAUGCGCUUUUAGAAUUAAGAUAUAAAGUUUAUACGCCUAGAGCCACAUACACCUUAAACACAAUCGCAAGACCACAAUUUAAGUCACGGAUAUUUUUAACGAUUUUGCACUAGAAACCGAUCGAGACAGUUGUGCUAGUAACUAGGAACCAGAACACGUCUGUUUAGUGUUUUAAGAUUUUUUAAAACCAAGCUCUUUUACUUUAUCAUAAGUGUAACGUAUUUUUAAUACAAAACAAACAAAACACCCACAUACAAACCGUGUACAAUUCCUUGUGAAUACUAUUGUUUAUAUAUUUUACGCGUUUAAGGUUAUUAAGUUAAAUUGUAAAAAUGUAUUGCGCAGAUAUUAAAACAAAAGUUUAUCAAAAGUG